AUGCAAUCCGGUCAAAAGAAUUACUAUUUUAUUCAAACAAAUUCUGGAAAAGCAUUAUCAGAUUUUAGAGCAACCAUUUUCUUCAAAUCCAACUUGAAAAGACUUGGAGUACUCGAUGUGAUCGAUAUUUAUUUCCCAGUUGUAAUUGACUUUACUAUUAUUACACCUCCACCCAAUCAAAAUUUCACACUACAAGCAGAAAUGACUCUUGCCUCCGAUUCCACUAGCUGGAAUCCAAAAUCUACAUUCAUUGGAAAUGACCGAGUUUUUGUAAAGGUUUCAUCAACAUCGUAUGCUCUACUCGAAAACAAUCACCUUACUGUUAUGGAUGCCUACUUGUGUUGCUUUAAGCAAUUUGUAGCAAGUCUUCCAAAAGACACUGGAUGUUUACAAUAUAAUUCUGAUACAAUGGAUGUGUGGAAGAAAAUUAUUAGCUCAUCCACCACAGUAAAUGCUGAGCUUUCUACCAAAAUCCAUCCCUUCUCCAACACCAAUUAUGCUUUUGGAUUUUCAUUCCAAAUCUCAAGUUCACUAUUUCCUGAAAAAUUAUCACAAACAGCAAGCUCAUGUUUUGUACAAGCAAAAGUUGGAACGACAACACCACUUUCAAAGAGAAAUCGAUUAGAAGAACCAUCCACUUUACAAGCAAGUUUAUUCUUGGUGGACUUGUCUCAAAAACGAUCCAAUUCGAGCUUGGCAAGUUCAUUGAGAAGAAAUGUUGUGUUGUGGAACUUGAUGAGCGCUUGUGUUGUAUUUGCAGUGUUAUUGUUUUCAAGUUAA